ACAUAACCUUAUUAAAUAUGGCAAUUUUACAGAUUUUGAUAGAAAUACAAAUUAUACAUGGAUAAUUCCCAUAAAGAUUUUUUGCAGUUUGAAGAUGGUCCAUUAAAUUUUUCUGGAUAGGUUAUGUGUAUCUAUUUUUUUCUCAAAACUUAUCCAGAUCAUACAUCUAAAGUACAAAUGUUGUUUUGCCACGUGGUUUAAAUCGAAAUGGAUCAAUUUACUCUUUUAUCUAAUUAUUUAAAUAGUUACGAAGGUCGUGAUAAAUUUCUAAGAUUUUUUUCGUACUCUACGAAAUUUUUGUCUGGAAUUACUUAUGGAACAACAACUAAAAAUUUUAAAACUAUUUCGAGUGAAAUGAGCAAUUGUAGAGUAGUAUUAAGAUUGAUGGAUGACGUUCCAGCUUGGCAUGAUGCUUUGUCACACGAAUGGAUUAGAAAGGAUACGAACUGGAUUAGUUAUAUAAGCGAUAUACAAACUAUUAUCGACGUAAUUUACUCCCCAAUUGAGAGUAUAUGCUGGGCUGGAGGUCGUAGAAUUAUAUCAAUCAAUACUGAACUGUGGGACACUACAACAACUUGUUUCUGGAUUACAUCAAUAUUUCUCUCUUUAAUUAAGUCUGUUUAUCACAUAAUCAAGUUGAACAAAUAUAAACAAUGUUUAAAUGAUAAAUCCAGUAAUAGGAUACAGAGGAAUAAAAUAGUAGUGCAGCAGCGAUAUGAAUUACUUACUUGCAUCAGAUUAGUUUUGGACUUUAGUUACGCUGUGAGUUACCUUCCCAAUGGUACACUUUAUGGUGGAAAACUAAAGACUUGGCAUGUAGGUGCAUUAGGAACAUUGUCUUCGCUAAUUGGUAUUUAUCAAGCAUUAAAUAAACGAAGUAAUUCUUCUAAAUCUGAUUGAUUUUUUGUAUAAUAAUGAUUACAUGUAAUGGUUUUAAUUUUAAUAUACAAGUAGUUAGGUAACGAAUUUUAUCGUGUAUUGUUAAUAAUGUCUUCUCUAUUACUAGUUAUUCAUUUAUAAGUAAUACAAGAUUUCUUAAAUACAAAAAUAAAUUUUUUUAAUAUUUAA